GCUGGGCAGUCUGUGGAAAUCCUCUGUGUGCUGCGAGUUCCUGUUCUAAUCCCAGGUGCCUGGUGUGAUCGGGGUCCCAGGUGUGGACGGCUGUCUGUGUGCCCACUUCCUACCCUGCCCAGUAUCCCAGUGGCCAGUGAGGCAGCCAUGGGACUGCUGACCGGAGAGGCACUGGCGCCCAUGGUGGUGGCUGUGGCCAUCUUCCUGCUCCUAGUGGACCUGAUGCACCGGCGCAUACGCUGGGCCCCACGCUACCCUCCAGGUCCCCUGCCACUGCCCGGACUGGGCAACCUCCUACAGGUGGACCUCCAGAACAUGCCACACAGCUUCAACAAGCUGCGGCACCGCUUCGGGAACGUGUUCGGCGUUCAGCUGGGUUGGAAGCCGGUCGUCGUGGUCAACGGGCUGGCGGCCGUGCGCGAGGCAGCGCUGCAACGCGGAGAGGACACCUCAGACCGGCCUCCUAUACCCGCCAGGGAGGAUCUGGGCUUCGCACCCCAAGCACAAGGUGUGGUCUUCGCGCACUACGGGCCCGCAUGGCGCGAGCAGAGGCGCUUCUCAGUGUCCACCAUGAGGGACUUCGGCCUGGGCAAGAAGUCGCUGGAGCAGUGGGUGACCGAGGAGGCCGCCUGCCUCUGCGCCGCCUUCACUGACUAUGACGGUGAGUGCAGGACCGAGGUCUCGGGGGCACACGGGGCGACCCUCCCUGACCCGCACCCUCCCUGUCCAGGACGACCCUUUAGUCCCAACCGCCUCCUGAACCAAGCGGUGUGCAACGUGAUCGCCUCCCUCACCCACGGGCGCCGCUUCGAGUACAGCGACCCGUUCUUAUGCAAGCUCCUGGGUUUCGUGGAGGCCGCAGGGAUGGAUUCCCCCUUCCUCCGAGAGUUGGUGAAUGCUCUCCCAGUGCUCCUGCGUAUCCCGGGGAUGGCCAACAAGGUCUUGGAGAGGCAGAAGGACCUCAGGGUCCUGCUGGACGAGCUGCUUGCCGAGCACAGGCAGGGCUGGGACCCAACCCAACCACCCCGUGACCUGACGGAUGCCUUCCUGGGUGAAGUGGAGAAGGCCAAGGGGAACCCCGAGAGCAGCUUCAAUGAUGCCAACCUACGCAUGGUGGUGGCGGACCUGUUCCUGGCAGGGAUGGUGACCACCUCGAUCACACUGGCCUGGGCCCUCCUGCUCAUGAUCCUGCACCCGGACGUGCAGCGCCGUGUCCACAAUGAGAUCGACGAGGUGAUAGGGCAGGGGCGGAGGCCUGAGAUGGCGGACCAGGGGCGCAUGCCCUUCACCACAGCCGUCAUCCACGAGGUGCAGCGCUUCGGGGACAUCAUCCCCCUGGGUGUGCCACACAUGACCUCUCGCGACACCGAGAUCCAGGGUUUCCUCAUCCCCAAGGGGACACAACUGAUCCUCAACCUGUCAUCAGUGCUGAAGGAUGAGACCGCCUGGGAGAAGCCCUUCCGUUUCCACCCGGAACAUUUCCUGGACACCCAGGGCCACUUCAUGAAGCCAGAAGCUUUCAUGCCUUUCUCAGCAGGCCGCCGGGCAUGCCUCGGGGAGCCCCUGGCCCGCAUGGAGCUCUUCCUUGUCUUCACCUGCCUCCUGCAGCGCUUCAGCUUCUCAGUGCCUGCUGGGCAGCCCCGGCCCAGUGACCAUGGGGUCUCUUCCUUCUUGGUGUCCCCAUCCCCCUACCAGCUCUGUGCCUUGCCCCGCUAAAGAUGGUCACCAGGACCAAACCCCCAACCCCACCAAGAGACCCUGAGCUACAAUAAACCAGUCUGGCAGAUCCCA